UGAGCGGCUUAACUUCAAAGCAUGAGCGUCAUGUGGAGACUAAAACUAAUUUAACAUUGGAUUGGAUGUCGCACAAAGGAGUUGUAAUUCUAAAAUGUGAAAUCGACGACAUCCAUGGUCUUCAGAUGCGAGACGAUGAUAUAUGGGUGUGCACUUUUCCAAGAUCAGGGACCACGUUGACACAGGAAAUCGUGUACCUGGUUACGACUCUGGAUUUUGAGAAGGCAAAGUCUGUUCAGUUAGACGACAGGUUUCCCAUGAUUGAUGUCAAGAACGAUCAAUUUCCUUACUACAGAGGAGUGAAACAUGUUGAACAAAUGCCAUCGCCCCGUAUGGUAAAAACACAUUUGCAUUUCGAUUUUCUACCGGAGCAGCUGCAAAAUGGAAAGGGUCGGAUAAUUUACCUGACUCGAAAUCCAAAAGAUGUGAUAACAUCUUACUAUCAUUUGCUACAAUGGCUAAAUGAGUUAAGAGAUGAUGAGGAGACCUGGCCGAAAUUCUUCAACUCAUUUGUUGAAGGGAAAGGUCUAUUUUGUCCGUGGCCAAGACAUGUUUUGAAGUACUGGGAAAGAAGGAAUGAUAACAAUGUUUUGUUUCUAAAGUACGAGGACCUUAUCAAGGACUUGCAAAAAGGUGUGCGAACAAUUGCAAAGUUUCUAGGGAAAGAGAUAUCGGAUGAAAAUGUUGCGAAAAUAUGUGAUCACUGCACUGUGCAAAACAUGAAGACUAAUGACAAAGUCAACUUGUCUUAUUGGAGAGAUGUUAAAAAUGUGAAUGACGAGGCAGGUGGAGGAUUUAUAAAUAAAGGUAUUGCCGGUGCAUGGAAACAAUUACUUACAUCAGAGGAAUCAGAAAAGAUUGAUGCUCUCUUAAAAGAAGUGGAGCAGUCAGGACUGACCUUUUAAUUUCUCAGUGACCCUUACAUUUCUCAGUCACUAAAAGAUAUACCAUGAUAAAAUUUGAUAUUUGAAAAUACUAAAAGUUGAUGCAAAGUCAAUUUGUUGGAUUUGAAUAUAAAAUAAACAUGUUUUGACAUCAGAAAUUUUGACAUCAAAGUAGAUAUGUUAUAGUUUAUACUCUUGGUAGGCACAAGAUGAA